AUGCAACCAGGACACAACCCACCUCACACCCGAUGCAACCAGGACACAACCCACCUCACACCCCAUGCAGCCAGCUCACAACCCACCUCAAACCCUAUGCAACCAGCCCACAACCCACCUCCACCCCAUGCAACUAGGCCACAACCCACUUCCACCCCAUGCAGCCAGCUCACAACCCACCUCCACCCCAUGCAGCCAGCCCACAACCCACUUCCACCCCAUGCAGCCAGCUCACAACCCAUCUCCACCCCAUGCAGCCAGCUCACAUCCCACUUCCACCCCAUGCAGCCAGCUCACAACCCACCUCCACCCCAUGCAGCCAGCUCACAACCCACUUCCACCCCAUGCAGCCAGCUCACAAACCACCUCACACCCCAUGCAGCCAGCCCACCUCAAACCCUAUGCAACCAGGACACAAUCCACCUCAAACCCUAUGCAACCAGGACACAACCCACCUCACACCCGAUGCAACCAGCUCACAACCCACCUAACACCCCAUACAACCAGCCCACAACCCAUCUUACACCCCAUGCAACCAUCAUGCUCACUACUAUGCAACCAGCUCACAACCCACCUCCACCCCAUGCAACCAGCCCACCUCAAAUCCUAUGCAACCAGGACACAACCCACCUUACACCCGAUGGAACCAGGACACAACCCACCUUACACCCGAUGCAACCAGGACACAACCCACCUCACACCCGAUGCAACCAGGCCACAACCCACCUUACACCCGAUGCAACCAGCUCACAACCCACCUCGCACCCUAUGCAACCAGCCCACAACCCACCUCCACCCCAUGCAACUAGGCCACAACCCACUUCCACCCCAUGCAGCCAGCUCACAACCCACCUCCACCCCAUGCAGCCAGCCCACAACCCACUUCCACCCCAUGCAGCCAGCUCACAACCCAUCUCCACCCCAUGCAGCCAGCUCACAUCCCACUUCCACCCCAUGCAGCCAGCUCACAACCCACCUCCACCCCAUGCAGCCAGCUCACAACCCACUUCCACCCCAUGCAGCCAGCUCACAAACCACCUCACACCCCAUGCAGCCAGCCCACCUCAAACCCUAUGCAACCAGGACACAAUCCACCUCAAACCCUAUGCAACCAGGACACAACCCACCUCACACCCGAUGCAACCAGCUCACAACCCACCUAACACCCCAUACAACCAGCCCACAACCCAUCUUACACCCCAUGCAACCAUCAUGCUCACUACCAUGCAACCAGCUCACAACCCACCUCCACCCCAUGCAACCAGCCCACCUCAAAUCCUAUGCAACCAGGACACAACCCACCUUACACCCGAUGGAACCAGGACACAACCCACCUUACACCCGAUGCAACCAGGACACAACCCACCUCACACCCGAUGCAACCAGGCCACAACCCACCUUACACCCGAUGCAACCAGCUCACAACCCACCUCGCACCCGAUGCAACCAGCCCACCUCAAACCCUAUGCAACCAGGACACAACCCACCUCACACCCGAUGCAACCAGCUCACAACCCACCUAACACCCCAUGCAGCCAGCCCACAACCCACUUCCACCCCAUGCAGCAAGCUCACAACCCACCUCCACCCCAUGCAGCCAGCUCACAACCCACUUCCACCCCAUGCAGCCAGCUCACAAACCACCUCACACCCCAUGCAGCCAGCCCACCUCAAACCCUAUGCAACCAGGACACAAUCCAUCUCAAACCCUAUGCAACCAGGACACAACCCACCUCACACCCGAUGCAACCAGCUCACAACCCACCUAACACCCCAUACAACCAGCCCACAACCCAUCUUACACCCCAUGCAACCAUCAUGCUCACUACCAUGCAACCAGCUCACAACCCACCUCCACCCCAUGCAACCAGCCCACCUCAAAUCCUAUGCAACCAGGACACAACCCACCUUACACCCGAUGGAACCAGGACACAACCCACCUUACACCCGAUGCAACCAGGACACAACCCACCUCACACCCGAUGCAACCAGGCCACAACCCACCUUACACCCGAUGCAACCAGCUCACAACCCACCUCGCACCCGAUGCAACUAGCCCACCUCAAACCCUAUGCAACCAGGACACAACCCACCUCACACCCGAUGCAACCAGCUCACAACCCACCUAACACCCCAUGCAACCAGCCCACAACCGACCUCACACCCCAUACAACCAGGCCACAACCCACCUCGCACCCGAUGCAACAAGCUCACAACCCACCUCAAACCUCAUGCAACCAGCCCACCUCAAACCCUAUGCAACCAGGACACAACCCACCUCGCACCCGAUGCAACCAGCUCACAACCCACCUCAAACCUCAAGCAACCAGCCCACCUCAAACCCUAUGCAACCAGGACACAACCCACCCCACACCCGAUGCAACCAGCUCACAACCCACCUUACACCCCAUGCAACCAGCCCACAACCCACCUCACACCCCAUGCAACCAGCCCACAACCCACCUCAAACCCCAUGCAACCAGCCCACCUCAAACCCGAUGCAACCAGGACACAACCCACCUCAAACCCCAUGCAACCAGCCCACCUCAAACCCGAUGCAACCAGCCCACAACCCACCUCAAACCCCAUGCAACCAGCCCACCUCAAACCCUAUGCAACCAGGACACAAUACACCUCAAACCCUAUGCAACCAGGACACAACCCACCUCACACCCGAUGCAACCAGCUCACAACCCACCUAACACCCCAUACAACCAGCCCACAACCCAUCUUACACCCCAUGCAACCAUCAUGCUCACUACCAUCAACCAGCUCACAACCCACCUCGCAUCCCAUGCAACCAGCUCAACACAUAGCAACUAG